AUGGCAUCUUUAACCCCGCCCGAGAUAAGUGAGACGAUCAAGGACUCUGCAUAUUCGAAUACUUCAAACGGCCAAGAAGAGCAUAUGGAAGCUUCUUAUCGUCCCUACGUUGAAAGCGGACUCAGAGGCAUUAUCGCUUCACCUUACGUUGCUGGGGCUGCCGUUUUGAGCACAGUUGGCGGACUUCUAUUCGGGUAUGACCAAGGCGUAGUCUCUGUCGUUCUUGUCAUGGAAAGCUUCGUUCUGGAUUUUCCUCGUAUAGGCCCCCAUUCUAGCGGCUUUUGGAAGGGCAUUUUGACGGCUAUGAUCGAACUUGGGGCAUUUUUUGGUGCCUUGAACCAGGGCUGGAUUGCCGACAAAUAUUCGAGGAAAUACUCUAUAAUAAUCGCUGUGGUCAUAUUCCUCUUAGGAAGCGUUUUACAAACUGCGACUGUCAACUUCAACAUGCUUAUUGUUGCUAGACUCGUGGGGGCAUUGCACCACCGGAAAUUCGUGGCGCCUUACUCGUCCUGGGCAAGUGGUUUCAAUUGUCCCAGUACAAUUCACACAAUCAAAGUGCUAACUAGUCAUGCAGAGGAGCUUUCGAUUGUUGUAGGCAUCGUCGUCGCUUUCUGGAUAUCCUUCGGCACAAGAUAUCUAGGUGGCGAGUGGGGCUGGCGCCUCCCUUUCUUUAUACAAAUCGUUCCUGCCUUAUUCUUGGGAGCUGGGGUGUACUUCCUUCCAUUUUCGCCAAGAUGGCUUUCUUUCAAAGGACAUGAUGAGGAGGCUCUGAAUGUCCUAUCGAAGCUGAGACAAUUGCCCGAUACCGAUUCAAGGAUUCAGGAAGAAGCACGUCACAUACGCAACGAAGUGUCGCACAUUCGACAAAUUCACCUGCAGAAACAUGAAAAUCUUAUGAACUCACCCAUGAAGUUCGAAGUAGCUUUGUGGGGAGAUUGCUUUGCGUCGGAUUCUAUCAAACGCACGCACGUUGGUAUACUUAUCAUGUUCUUCCAACAAUUCGUCGGUAUAAAUGCCCUAAUUUACUAUUCUCCCACUCUGUUUUCUAGAAUGGGCUUGGGUUCAGAGAUGCAACUUAUCAUGUCGGGCGUUCUAAAUAUUUGCCAGCUCGUUGGUGUAGGCUCUAGUCUCUUUACGAUGGAUCGAUAUGGAAGAAGGCCCUUAUUGAUGAUAGGCUCGUUUUUUAUGACUAUUAGCCAUGUUAUGAUAGCUGUCAUGGUCUGCCUGUUUUCUUAUGACUGGCAUACCCACCAAGCAGCUGCCUGGGUCAGUGUAGCAUUUCUCCUCUUCUAUAUGGUGAUUUUUGGAGCAUCCUGGGGCCCUGUUCCUUGGGCAAUGCCAUCAGAGAUCUUCCGAAGCGAUCUUCGUGCAAAAGGCGUCGCUCUAAGCACCUGCUCCAAUUGGCUGAAUAAUUUCAUCAUUGGUCUGAUUACUCCGCCGCUAGUAAUAUAUACUAAUUGGGGAGCAUACGUUUUCUUCGCUGUUUUUUACUUCAUUACCGUCAAGAUGUUAGAAGCCCGCCUCGAACAAGCAGACCUCCUCAAGAAGGUUGUCGAUGCCAUCAAAGAUCUCGUUCAAGACUGCAACUUCGACUGCAAUGAUUCAGGAAUCGCGCUCCAAGCUAUGGACAACUCGCACGUUGCGCUCGUAUCGAUGAUGCUGAAGGCUGAAGGAUUUUCUCCUUACCGAUGUGACCGCAAUGUCGCCCUCGGUGUCAAUCUCACUUCUCUCACAAAGGUUCUGCGAGCUGCCCAAAACGAGGAUAUUCUCACCAUCAAGGCCGAGGAUGCACCAGAUGUUUUGAACUUAGUAUUCGAGAGCAGUGAGAGCGAUCGAUUGAGCGAAUAUGAUUUAAAGUUGAUGGAUAUCGAUCAAGAACAUUUGGGUAUCCCUGAUACAGAAUAUGCGGCAGUCAUCAAUAUGCCAAGUUCGGAGUUCAAGAGAAUCUGUGUCGAUCUUAUGGCUUUGUCCGAGUCUGUGUCGAUUGAGGCUUCAAAGGAUGGUGUUAAGUUCUCCUGUGCUGGAGACAUUGGCAAUGGUGCUGUCACCCUGCGCAGCCAUAGCAAUAUCGACAAGCCAGAUCUUAACGUCGAUAUUGAGCUUACCGAGCCGGUCUCCUUGACCUUCUCCCUCAAAUACUUGGUCAACUUCUGCAAGGCUGCUGGUUUGUCUAAGUCUGUUAAACUUUGCUUGUCUAAUGAGGUUCCUCUCUUGGUGGAAUACCAGCUUGCCGGAAGCAGUUACUUGAGAUUUUACUUGGCACCAAAGCAUAUUCAAUAUGGCGCGUGGGUUGGUUUAUGGAUAUGGACAAUGGUCGUGGUAAAUUGUGCCAUGAAUGGUUUUGUUGCUCAGUACAUGGUAUGCGAUGAAGCAAUUCGUUGA